AUGAGUAGUGGGAUAUGUCAAUACUGUUUCUUGGGUGACAUGUCUGUACAGAAAUCUGAUAACAUGGGAGAGCUCUCAUUGCUAAUUUUUUCUUUUGGGAAAAUGCAAAAGCCAUUACCAGAAUUGCUAAAGGAGUAUGACUUGGCUGUUGGCAUCUUCCCUCGUGAUGCCACCAAUUAUGAGUUCAAUGAAGAAACUGGAAAGCUUAUCGUCUUCAUUCCUUCGGUUUGUGAGGUGGGUUACAGGGACUCAUCUGUCCUGCGAUUUUCCACCACAGUAACUGGAUUCCUGGAGAAAGGAAAGCUAGCUGAUAUUGACGGAAUAAAAACAAAGGUGAUGAUUUGGGUAAAAGUGACGGCCAUCUCAUCUGAAGGAUCAAAGCUUCAUUUCACAGCUGGCAUGAAGAAAACGAGGAGUAGAGAGGCUUAUGAGGUCCUUAGAGGUGGAGUAAGUGUAGAUAAGUUUUAAGAUGGUCAAGUUGCUUCAGUUAUGAUAGUUUCGCAAUCUGUUACUUCGUUUUGAAGGUUCCUCCUUGAUCCUUUAGCAUGCUUCUUCAUGUUUUGGUUGCUGUAAUUAUGUUUUGUAUAAACGAAGUUUUGUUUCCUGUGACUGCCCAGAACAAAAAUGUUCUCUGCGGAUGUUGUUAAGUUUGUGAUAAGGUAAAUUUAGUUUUUUUUAGUUGGAUAUACGAUAUGCUAAGAGAGCCUCACUGAGCCCUUGUAAUGACCUUUUCAAAACAGUACCUGCAAUAGAAUAGCAUCCUGUGG